CCAACAUUGACACCUGUCCCGUUAUCGCACACGACCCUCAACCCUAUACCUCUCCCCCGAACCCCUCCAUUUCCCUUCACGGCGACGACGUAUCGCAUUACCCAGUCUGGGACUCCUCGCGACCCAAAGCACUUGCCCAGCGCUAGAUCCGUAUAGGAGGGCAAGAGGAUCAGGAAUAACAGCUGGAUCGAGGUCCGAGCUGCAGACCUUGGAAGCUUUAGUGCCGCAACGGCGCUGAGGUAGGCAACAUGGGCACAAGGACGCGGUCGCCCUCUGGGUAUCCCGACCCGACGCCGAUAAACCUGAAUCGCAUAUUAUCGAGGCUUGAGCAUAUAGUACUAGUGGAGCCGUCUCCCCAGCUUAGGAAAUCUAGAUAUGAGCGUACGAAAGUCGGCGCUAACAUUGAGUACGCGCGAAUCCUCCUACUAAACCUCGAACACUCCGCAUCGACCCUCCCUUCCAAAUCCAAGAAAUCCGCGCUGCAGACCGACCUCCAGCAGAAACGCGAGCUCAUCAAACAACUCAACCAGCGCAUAUACGAGCUAAACCAGCUAGACGACUCAGAUUCGGACGAUGGCUCGGUGGACUCAGAGGAGGAAGGCCAGGACAACUUUCCCUCAUAUGCGCCAGCAGUGAAAGCCGAGGCCGGUCUCGAAGUCUCUGGUACUAGCGGAGAAGGCAGUGAAGCCCUCCAGGAUGCAGCAAGGAGUCUCACAUCUGAACUGCGGCGACGAGGGGGAGGCGAGAAGGACGAAGCGGCAACAACGACAGGCAGCUCAUUGUUCCCCACAAAACCUACCACCACGACGGGUGAUCCCUCAGCUGCGCACACGGAAGCCAUACUGUCACAUCAUCGUGGGGAACAGGAGACCUUGACGACGAGCCUGCUGGAGAUGGCGAAGCAGCUGAAACAGCAAUCGCUGCACUUCCGCUCAACGCUAGAAGGAGACAAGAGCGUACUGGAUCGAGCGGUUCAGGGACUGGAUAAGAACACACAGGGAAUGGAAGCUGCAGGCCAGAGGAUGGGCAGACUACGGCGAAUGACUGAGGGUAGGGGCUGGUGGGCUCGACUGAAGCUAUAUGCGAUGAUAUUCGGACUCUGGGUAGUGGCAUUUCUGAUUGUGUUCGUUGGGCCAAAGAUUAGGAUCUCUUGGCAGCGUCGAUCAUCCGCCUCCUCUCCGCAUUCGAGGAGCGACAACGGCAGGAUACGUUCACAGUUGAAUACCGCUGUAGUCACUCUCUACAUCCAUCCUCCCCUCAACCACUCCUCCUCCGACACAGAAGCCGAAUAUGACCGCCUACGCGACCUCGCCCGCCAAGAAGCCGCCAAGCGCUCCUCCUGCCUCGACCGCGCACACCAAGCCUACGAGUCCGGCGACGGCGCGCGCGCCCACGAGCUCAGCGAAGAAGGCAAGCGACAUGCCGCCAAAAUGGAUCAGUACAACCGGCAGGCGCGUGACUACAUCUUCCGCGCGAAUAAUUCGGCUGAUCGCGUGCCUGGCGACACGAUCGAUCUUCACGGGCUGUUCGUAGAAGAAGCGGAAGACGUGCUAGAGGAGCGCAUACGGGCGGCGAGAAACAGGGGCGAGACGCAUUUGCAUGUCAUUGUGGGGAAGGGCAAUCAUAGUCGCGGGCAUGUGCAGAAGAUUAAGCCGAGGGUGGAGCAGGUGUGCCGGGAGUUGGGCCUGCAGUACGCGACGGAGGAGAAUGAGGGGAGGAUGUACGUGAAUUUGCAGGGCGGCCCUGUCCAUGGUAUGCCGCCGCCGCCGUCUGCGCCGAGCUAUGGGGCUGGUGGGUAUCCGGGGCAGCAUCAUGGUGGGCAACCGCAUCACGCGGGCCAGGCGCAUCAUGGACAAGCUCAACAUGGCCAUCAGCAGCAGCAGCAGGGUGAUGAGGUGGAGCAGAUGGUUAAGAAAGGGUUGCCCAAAUUGUUUAGGGCGCUUAAGGGCUGUUGUGUGGUGAUGUGAGGAUCGAUGAUGUGUUGUUGAUAAGAAGGGGAUGGUUUGCGGAAUGAUACCCCAAGUGACAAGCGGCUUAGACGCUAGUGAAUGGAAGCUCAAAGUGUUCAGAGGGUGG